GAAAAUCAAACAGGAUUUCUAGUUUUGACUUUUAUUUUUAAUUAUACUACAGAAUCGCUUCCAUAUUUCUCUUAGCUUUUUAGUUAAUUUUCUAUCCUUUGAGGUUCUGUUGUUUAUUCUAAAAACAAUUCUAAGGUUUACUGUUUUUAGUCCAUUUCUGUAUAAUUGUUUCUAACUGUCUGCAGACUGUUCUACAUAUUUUUUUGCAGAAAAUUUUUGAUUUUCAAACUGCACUUUUUCUCUUAAUAUGCACAGAAACCCUGUUUUUUUUAUUUUGUUAUAUGUUAACACAUUUUGAGGGGAUAAGUUUCUUGUUUCUGUUGUCAUUAAUAUCCCCUUUGCGCUCAUGUAAAAAAAAAAAAAAAAAGAUUAUAUAAGAAACAAUUAUUCAAGUCUAAAGAAGGCUCUGGUGUGUGUUUCCUUGUACAACACCCCAUUCAUUCAUUCAUUGAUUGAUGUGACAGAAAAUAACACGGCAACUACGUUUCUAUUUUGGGAUGUUUUCCAUAAAUCAAUUGCAUUUCUUACAUGGAUCUUUUUCUGCUUAGUUGCAUGUUAUCAGAUUUUGUGUUGAUGGUAAUUGAAGCAUAUCCCUGAUGCAGCAACUUUUUUUUUCUAUGCCUGUUGUGUUUAUAGUUUUGACGUUUGAAGUACCAGGUUUAGCAUGUUUUGUUUUUUAAAAUCGUAUCGUACAUUUCUUUGCUAUUAGACUACAGAUUAAGAAAUCUAUUUAAACAUUGUAGAGUAAACCUUUGAAAUGUUUGUGAUUGUUUUGUGAGAUAAAGUCUCAUCUUGCCAACAAAAUUCAAAGGAGCACCUGCAUAUGAUUUGCGUGGCGUUUCCUCAUAACUCCGUGUGAGAUAUGAGGAAAUCCCACUUGAAUGCAUCUGCAGUGAAGUUGGAUUGUUUUCUGUUGGAAUCCUUUCAAUGCAAGACUAAACAAAAGCAGGAGGAGGAGCAGCAGGAGCAGGGAGGUUCACUUAUUUCAAGUGCUGCUGUCUUUGGUGGAAUCCAGUGCUUACUGAAGGCACAGAGACAUUCACCAUGUUGCUCUCGGUGCUACUUCUGCUGCUGGUCGGCUGCACACAUGCUACUCAUUUCUAUGGCACAAUGAUGACGUACUAUCCGAAAGAAACGCAAGGAAAUAAUAUGACUGUGGUGAUUCGCUACAAGCUGAACUUCCGCUCGUGCACAGAUGGCGAUAGAUGGACCUGCCCUGGAAAUUGUGGGACUGUAGUUGAGACUCUAAAUGUAGUUCAGGAGGUCACCAAUGAAUUAUGGUGUCAGACAGAAGGUGUAAUGACGCGGCGGCUAUCCAGCAACGCUCCACUGUCACUCACAUUGUCUGGUGGAAACUGGAUAGAUGGAAUCAAAAAUGGUGUUGUUUCAUGGCGAGCAGUGACUGAAGUGGAGUUGAGGAACCGGUCUGACACCGGCAGAGCCAACUCCUCACCGCAGACCACCAUCAUGCCGUCUGUGAGGGUUCCUUCAAACUGUCGGAGAGAUUAUGACCUGCUGGCUUUUGAUCCAGAUGGAGAUACGGUUCAGUGCAGAUAUGGAGUCUUAUCAGAGUGUAACCCCUGUAAUGACCCAAGUGUCCUCUCCUUGUUAAAUAAUUGCACUCUGUCAUUCAGUCCCACCAACAGCAGCAAUGAAGGUCCAUAUGCAGUGCAGAUGAUGAUAGAGGACUUUCCCAGACAGAACAUUACGCUCACACCAACCAGCGGUUCGCCGGUGCUGAUGUAUCCCUUCCAGCCCCUCAGCAAGAUCCCCCUCCAGUUUGUUCUUAAAGUGGAUCCUGCUGUAACGUCCUGCACUGAAGGAGUCUUUUUGCCCAAGUUCCUCCCCCCAACUCCAGCCAACAAAGAUCGACUGUAUGCGGCUGUCAAUCAGAUGCUGAAAAUCCCCAUCAGGGCAGUGGCCACCAACUCCGCGAUCUCCACCCUACUGAUCAGCGGGCCGCACGGUGUCGCCCAGGUCAGUGAUGGAUCAGGAAACUUCAACCUGACGUGGACACCCUCUGACAGCCAUGGUGGAGAAAGCCAUCCCAUCUGUUUUGUUGUCCAGGCGGAUUUAAGUUCAUCCAGCAGCACUUUUUAUCACUCCGACUUGCGAUGCGUCAUUGUGAGUGUUGGAGAAAAUCCUACUACUCCAUUACUAACCGAAGAAUCCACCGCCUCAACACCAAUGAUCACACCUGAAGGAAAUAACUUUGUUGUUGCUCUGUCAAUUAGGAUUUCCACCACCUUACCAUGGGAAAACGUCAAAGAUGAAUUUCUGUCACAGCUGAAAGCUGAGCUUGUUAGACGUGGACUGCCACCAGACCUGAGUUUACAGAUCCUGCAGAGCCGAGAAGUGUAGAUGACAUCAUCAUCAUCCAAAGUGGCCGAACCUGAACCAAAUAAUAUUUCUAAAGUUGACAUUGAUGGAUGUUUUCUGUUUUAAAACAAUUUCCUUAUUCAUGUAUCUGUCACUGUACCUAAAAUUUUGUUUAAAUUUGGUUUUCCUUUUCUACCAGCAGUUGAUUUUUUUUUGUGCUGGUUGUAAAUACAUUUUGCAGUGUAUGUUCAGCCAGUGUAGCUAAAUCAGUGUACAGCUGUUGAAGAAAAAACCCUUAAACAUUAAAAAGGAAUAUAACGAACCACAAAUGUGGACGAUGCAGGAUGUUUAAUCUAAAACAAACUUUUCCUCUAUGGAAAGAAAUAUGAGAGGAAUAUACAUGAAGGUCAAACUGCGGGUUUUAGAAAGAGACUAAAUAUACAAAUAUAUUGAUUAUUGGGUUAUUUUCGGUUAUUAUUGGUUUUCCAAACGGGUGGCACCAGUAAAAAUGGUGCUUUUGGUGUUUUUAACAUGUUCUUGUAGAGUUUUCUAGUGGCUGGGUGGCUCAGCUGGCUGCGUGUAGGACUGGUGCCUGGGAAAUCAGGAUUCGUUUCCCAGAGAGGCAAUGAGCUUCAUCCAGUUUGAAUCCCUGUCACACUACUGCCCAACUAUGUAGCCACAGGGCCUAAGACCAGGUCCCCUCGUACCAGUCCCCAGCCUUGUUUAAAAUACAAAGUUGUGUCAGGAAGGUCAUCUAGCCUUAAAAAAACUGCCAAACCAAAUGUGGUGACAGGGAUGUGCCAAAAACUGAACUUGUAGUAUUUUUGUCACGAUGGUUUGUCACGAGGUUAAAAAUGCGUUACUGAGGUUUUUUUUUUUAAAUUCAAAUUGUUGUGAAUCUUGAGCAAAAAAAAAUGCUGUUGGGAAAAAGCUUGUAGCUGUGAUGUGGAAGCUACAAUUGGUGAGCCACAAGCAUUGUGCUCUGCUCCAUUCUGAUUUAUCCUCCUGCAGACAAAUAGAUCCGUGAACGUUGUUGUUUUCCUCGUCUGAGCUGG